GUGCUUUUUCUUUUAUUCCCUCUCAUUAUUUUUAUUUAUUAUUAUAUAUAUUUGCAAUAAUUGCGGUUUUUUUUGAAAAAAAAAUGACAAAAGAUCCGUUGGUGGAUGAAGCUAUUUCUAUAUUGGAUGCUGAAGCUACCCGCCGGAUCGAUGAAAUACGCCAAAGUGUAGACUUUAUAUGUAGUUCAUUAAGAGCUCAAGGCAAGAUGACGGUUAGUCAGUUACUCAAGUCAGUUAGAUCAUUAACUAUGGACGAAUACUGCAAUACGUAUCAUGGCAACACACAAUAUUUUUUGGAAGAACAAUCACGGAAACGGAAACGAAUAGAAAUGGUUACCCGUGGCAAAAAACGUGACCUAUUUGACAUGUCUGAUAUCGGUAACUCAACCCCAUUAUCAUCACCAUCAUCAUCCAAAAAGAAAUCCCUAGGAACCAAAGGAAAGACCGAUACCAAUAUCAGAUCAACAAUUUCAAAUCAAAAUGAUACGACAACUGUAACAACAAGAACGGUAUCAUCAUCAGGGAAAUCAGCAUGUCAUACAAUAGGAAUAUCGCAAGAAAAUGAUAAAAAUCUAAACGACAAACCUGAUAUGGAUAUUGUGAAGGAUGAAAAGAAGGGGGAUAAACAAGAAGAGGAGGAGGAGGAGGUAGCAUUUGGUCCCUUAUUUAUGCAAUUCCUUCGACCCGAUCAUCCAAAAGUGACUUUUCAACUGGAUCCUCAAGAAGAAUUGAAUCCUACCAAAACGUUUCAACUGCAAGUACCAUUUGAAUUUGUGGAUCAAUUUGGAAAUGGACAUCGCCGACGAAUUGCUGCUCAAAUAGAACAUAUUCAAAACGAAUUGGAAACAUUCAAGCAACAAUUAUUACAUGGAACAUGAAAAAAAGGAGCUUUGUAUUAGUAUAGUGUUUUAUAUUUGAUCAUUAUUUUCAUAUCAUUAUUAUUAUUAUCAUCAUCAUCAUCUCACUUAAUUAUUUGUAUUUAGUUGAAUAAUAAAACAUAUUUGUCAUUUAACUUGAAUUUAA